AUGAGUGAAUAUUCAAAUGUGAAAGGAGGUAAAUUAAAGCUGAAGAACGCAAAAAAGAGCAAGAACAAGAGCAAGCAUCAUGAAAAAAAGAGGAAGCAUGAGGAAGAAUCUGAACAAGUAGAUGAUGAUGCUACAAAACAUGGUGGUUGGUGGAAUGUCACCUAUUUCAAAGAAAUUACUGGGCCCAUUGCACUUGAAUUCCAACCUCACUGUUAUGUGAAAGCUUUAGACAAUGGGCAAUUUAUAUUGGGAGGUCCUCAUCCUGAAGGUAAUGGUCCUGAUCCUGAAGAAAUCCUAACAGCCAUCCGCAUCUCGGACAGCAAGAUUGCAUUAAAAUCAGGUUAUAAUAAGUAUCUUCGUGUAGGAAUGGAUGGACGUCUAUAUGGGAGAUCGGAUGCCAUUGGAUCAAUGGAACAAUGGGAACCAGUAUUUGAAGAUGGUAAAAUUGCUAUUUUGUCUGCUAUGAAUUGUUUCAUAUCAAUAGACGAUGAAACUUCAGAUGUGAUUGCUACAUCCAAAAAAGCUGGUGAAAAUGAAAUAUUGAAGAUUAGGAGCAAUGCACCACAGGAAAAAAGUGACAAAGAUGAUAUUCCCGAAGAAGAGAAAGGUUCUUUGAAAUCUUGUGAGAUCAAUUAUGUAAAAAAAUUUCAAAGUUUUCAAGAUAGAAAAUUAAGAGUCAAUACAGAAGCCAGAGCACAAGUGAAGAGGGCUAAACUUGAAGGAAAACUUCAUGAGACACUACUAGACAGGAGAUCAAAAAUGAAGUCUGAUAAAUUUUGCAAGUGACAUUGUCUACAUAGGAAUCAUAUUGAGAAGACAUGGAUUUUUUUUGUAUCUAUCAUUUAAAUUCACUCAUCAUACAUGUUGUUUAUGUAUAGUUUUGAGAUGAAUAAAUAAUAAUCAAAACUGUAAAA